AUGGCUCUUGAAGGCAGGAUUCCCCGGGAAUUUGGAAACCUCACGUUUCUCGUUUCUCUCGACUUGGGAAGCAACAAUUUCCAUGGAAAUUUGCCUCAAGAAAUGGCAUACUUGCGUCGGCUUAAGUUUCUUAUGUUAAGUGUCAACAACUUCAGCGGAAAGUCAUUGCAUUUACAAGCAAUAGUUUAUCACGAUAUCUUCCCAACGGUCUAUGCUAUGGUCUACCAAUACUCAAAGGGCUUCAUCUAUCCAAAAACAAGCUUCGCGGUCAUAUGCCUACGAGCUUAUCAAAUUGUUCACAAACUUCAAAUUUUGUCUUUAUCGGAAAAUGAGUUUGAUGGACCAAUACAAAGUGAAAUUGGAAGAUUGAGUAACUUGCAGAUAUUAGUUAUCGGAGCUAACCAUUUCACUGGGAUAAUUCCACAAGAAAUUGGAAAUAUUGUUAAUUUCGUAGAGUUAGCCAUGGAGAAAAACCAGAUUACCAGCUCUGUCCCGAUCUCCAUAUUCAAUAUCUCAUCGCUGCAAAUUUUGUCACUGCCGAGGAACGAUCUUAGUGGAUUCUUAUCACGAGAGAUUGGCAACUUAACCAAGAUGCAAAUUUUAUAUCUUGACGAAAAUAGGUUUACUGUCUCCAUAGGGAACUUUUCAACAUCUCUUAUAAAAUCUUACGCCAACGGUUGCAAGAUAAAAGGGAGAAUUCCAAAUGAUUUUGGGAACUUAAGUAGCUUAUUAGACCUUGAUCUUUCUGCAAAAAACAUGGCUGGAUCGAUUCCAACAAUAAUUGGCAACUUGAGAAACCUUCUAUAA